GACACCCUUUUUCUCUCCCUCCAGGUCCUCAUCUUGCAGAACUUCAGGAACCACUGCCACCAUGGCCACCUCUGCCAGUUCCCACUUGAGCAAAACUAUAAAACAAAUGUACAUGAAACUGCCACAAGGUGACAAGGUGCAAGCUAUGUACAUAUGGAUCGAUGGGACGGGUGAAUUCUUGCGCUGUAAAACCCGGACCUUGGAGCAGGAGCCCAAGAACGUUGAAGAUCUACCAGAGUGGAAUUUUGAUGGUUCAAGCACUUUCCAGUCGGAAGGUUCAAACAGUGACAUGUUUCUUGUGCCUUCAGCCAUGUUUCGAGAUCCUUUCCGCAAAGAUCCAAACAAACUGGUUUUAUGUGAAGUUUUAAAGUACAACCGGAAGCCUGCAGGUGUGUUCCAGUUUGGGCCUUUUAAAACUUCAAUCCUGACCACGAAAAGAAUGCAGGAAACCCCCCCCCCCACUUCAUUGAGAUGAAUAAUGAAGCAGAGGUUUAACCCUUAUAUUCUGCACAAAAAAAACCACCCCUCUUUGCAUGCCUUGCCUGGAGAAAGUGCGUUUAAUGUUUUGAGAAAAUAGGACUGGAAUUUAGAUUAUUAAAGCUGAUAGCCUCCAGUCACGAAAACUUAAUGAAAUCUCCAGUUCAUACUUAAAGAUAUCUGGAGGAGGAUCACUCUGCAAUUCAUUCCAAACUGGGAAAGAAUUUGCCCUUUUCUGACGAAUGAGAUUUUAGGGUUUUGUUUUGCCAUAGUCCUUAACUCACAGGGUAACAAAGAACAAGUAUUUUUUUUUAAUCUUUUAUCUUUUUUUUUUUUUUGGUUCAAAAGUUUUAUUUCUUUUA